AUGGCACAGUAUUCCUGUCCUCCUAAACCUUUGUCUGAUAACGCUAAAGAUGGAAAGAUUGCAGCUACCCUGCAUGCUCAAGUAACACUGCAAUUUACAGCUCGUGAUUACCUAGAUGAAUCUAACAAAACGACGUUUAUGUGGUUCAAGGAAAAUGCCACAAUAGAAAACGAAGACCAUAAAUUUAUCAUGUCAUCACAAAAGUUACAGUCUAACUUAUCUAUAACAAACAUCACGGAAACCGACUUUGGGAUAUAUAAAGUUCGUGUCUCAAAUACCGUUGGACAUUAUAAUCAUUCUUUUGAACUUGUAGCAAGGGAUAAGCCUGAAGCGCCAACGAACUUCGCUUACAUUGUUGACUCAAUCACUGAUUCAUCAGUUACUUUAAAGUGGAUGCCUGGAUUCAACGGUGGCUAUCCGCAAACCUUCAUUUUGCUUUAUAAGAGAUAUACGCAACAACAAUGGCAGAACACAUCUGUUAAAGAUGACGGAGCCAAAGACAUGAUUUAUAAACUAUCUGGUUUGUUUAGUAUGACGGCGUACCGAGUAAAAAUGUUUGCAAGCAAUGAAGAAGGAGUGUCUGCUGACACUGAAACUCUCCAUUUUACAACAAAAGAUUUACGCAACAAAAUUCCCAAUAAUGGGGGUAUAGACUAUGUUCCCAAAACAGAAAGAAAGAACCCUGGCAUUUUACGUUUCCCCGACAUUGGAAGUUUACCUCUUUAUCAAGUGUCCUGA